GAGGGGCCCGGCCGCAGCCUCCAUUUUGUUGGCGCCGCUCGGCAGCCGCGUGCGGGCCGGGCCCCGGGUCGAUGCCGCGGCGCGGGAUGGAGCCGGCCUGCGACGGGAGCCGGAGGGGCGGCCUGGCCCCCUUCGCCGGCCCGCGGGCCCUGCCCGAGCGCGCGGGCAGCCCCGGGCCUGAGCCGCCCAAUGGCUGCACGGGGCCGCUCCCCGCCAAGGCGGCCUGCGGCCAGGACCCGGCCUCCUGCUACAUCCCGCUGCGCCGGCUGCAGGACCUCGCCUCCAUGAUCAGCGCCGAGUAUCUCAACGGCGCCGCCGAGCCCGGCCCGCUCCCGCCCCGGCUCCCCGCCGCCCGCCGAGCCCCAGGCCCCGGGCAGCCCGCCGCCGCCGCCGCCGCCCGGCCUCGGGGCGCCGGGCGCUGCCCCUCGCGGGGCGACGGGGCGGCCGCGGAGGGCGGCCCCGAGGCCGGGCUGCGGAGGAGCCUCGCCGGAGCCCCCUGCCGCGAGCCGCCGCCCGCGCCGGGGGCAGAGGGGGCCGGGCCCGGGCCCGGGCCCGGGCCGGGCGGCGGCUCGGCGGAUCGCAGGCACCAUGAGCCCAUCUCGGCGGUUCUCUGCUCCCCCGCCGCGCCGGCCGAGACGCCGGGCCAGGCCUGCCGGGGACCCGGCCUGGGGACGCGGACCGAGCGGGUCGAGCUGCGCCCGGUGCCCGGGCCUCUGGGGCAGACACGUGGGAGAGCGGAGCAGCCCUUCAGCACCACAGACGGGGCCGCUAAGGAGGAUCCCGGUCCGAGCCCCAGCAGCCUGCCAAGCGCCACGGACACCCCUGAGCCCGCCGCGGGGAGACAGUUUAAUCGAGCGAAGAAGAAACCUGCUCCAGUGAAGUAUGAUGUUGGAGAUCUGGUCUGGGCUAAGUUCAACAGACGACCGUGGUGGCCCUGCACAAUCUGUCAUGAUCCAGUGCUCGACUGUCACUCAAAAAUGAAAGUUUCCAAUCGGAGACCAUAUCGAGAGUACUACGUAGAUGCCUUAGGAGAUCCUUCUGAGAAAGCCUGGGUUGCAGGAAAAGCUAUUGUACUUUUUGAAGGCAGAUAUCAGUUUGAAGAGCUACCUGUGCUUCGGAGAAGAGGGAAGCAAAAAGAAAAAGGCUACAAGCACAAGGUUCCUCAGAGGUUUAUGGCGAAAUGGGAAGUCAGUGUCGGACAUGCGGAAGAAUUCCUUCUCAAGGGGACUGAGGAUCAAAAGUGUAGUCAGAAUCCCAGCAAGCUGAACAGUGAGGAUGUGCUGUUGGAAUCCUGCACUAAUGGCCCUGUAAUGGAACUGGACAGGCAGCUGAAUGGCUGUUUUAAAUCCCUGGCAUUUGACUCCAAACACUCAGCCAGGGAGAAGGGAAGGUCAUGCACUAAAUCACAAGUGAAAAAGAGCUCUGACAGCAGGAAAAGGACUAGAGUAAAAAAGAGCCGCACCAGACUGGAAGCAUCUAGGAGAGAAAUUGGAGGAAAGGCACCAGAGAACAUAGUUAGAAACAUGAUUGCUGGGGACCUGCCAGAUAAACAUGCAUCACACGAACUUUGCCGGAUAGCAAACAAUCUAACAGCAUCCAAUGGUGCCGUGGAAAACUACUUGCUCUCUUCUUUUGGAGAAAGACGUUUUGAAAAGACAACCUUGAAACAGGAAUAUCGGGCUCCUCAUGGUGACUCCCUACGGGACACACUGAAAGUGGAUUUGCUUUCCAGCAGCUCUACAGAGAAACAGAAAAGCCCCGUAGGCAUUCUUUGCAGUUCCAAAUUACAGGUACACUAUUCUACACCUGACGCUGCUAUUGAGAAAAAGCAAAGUGAGUCCGAUUCGCUGACUUCCUUCUCAGAUGAUGGAACUAGUGAUCUAGAUACCGGGGACCAAAGUUCUGAAGCAGCUUGCAGCGCCCUGGAGAUCAGUGACUCUGCAGAUAAAGAAGAAAAGGAAUUCUCUACAGGGAUGAGGGGAAACAGUAAAUGUUCCAUGUAUCUCUCACAAAACAGCAACAGAAGAGCCAGGAAAAGGUCAUCUAGAGAUCACAGACCUCCAGGGGGCAGAAGUGAUGCUGAAUCUGUGGAUGGGGAGCUCCAAGGAGCAGCCUCGGACACUGAGAUGCCUGUUAUUGCUCUAGAGUGUACUUCAGCUAUAAGAAAUGACCGUCUUUCCCUUGCAGAUAAGGACCCUACACGCCAGAGUGUUUGCCGGGAAAGCUCCCACAUUGGGAUUACAAAUCAACUGAAUCUACACCUGAAAAACAUCAAAGUGCCCCGGCUCAAAAGUAUAAGAAGCAAACACAAGGAGAGUGCUGCUGUGACAGAACCCCCUCUCUUAGAAGAGGAAUGUAGCAUGAAUUGCUGCUCUUCUGACACCAAAGGUUUCACUGGUCCUCCUGCCAAAAGUGGGAAAGUUGAUAGUCAGGAACCAUUAAAUAAUGUGCAUGAGAGAGGCAGGGAUUCUGCUGAAAUAGAGACUGCCGUGGUGAAGCAUGUCCUCUCAGAGCUGAAGGAGCUAUCCUAUAGGUCCCUUGGUGAUGAAGCUAGUGACUAUGGGGCACCUAAGACCACAGCACCCGUACUCUUCUCUUCUACCUCUGGGCAGAGUCGUUUGCCCAUUGAGCCAGACUACAAAUUCAGCACGUUGCUAAUGAUGUUGAAAGAUAUGCAUGAUAGUAAGACAAAAGAGCAGCAGCUGAUGUCAGCUCAGAACAUGGUCCCGUAUCGAAAUGCUGGCAUGAGCAGUUCCUCUGGAAGUAACUCUGCAAGUGGCUUGAAGGCUUUGGCUGCAAAAGGACCCACUUAUAAAUUAGAAAAAAAUGGGGAUUGCGUUCUGGAAGCAACAUGUCAGAACCCCAGUGCCAGUGAAUCCUCUCUUUCGUGCAGCGCUACAGCCAAGAUAAGUGGGAGGAGUACUAACAAAAGGGACCCCACGGAUACUGCUCUUUCUGGUACGAAUGGCACAAAGUGCAUCUCAAGACACAACUGUUCACAAUCUAAGCAGUCAUCCAAGCUAGUAGAUAAUGCAACAUCAAUCAGAAAGGAUUUAAAACUAGAAGGGCUGAGCAAGCCUCUAAAUCAGGUCUCCAGUAAUAUAGCAGAGAAAGCAUCCCUCUCACGCAGGGAUAUGCAGGGCUUGGUUACUAGUCUUGUUGGUAAUGAAAUAGAAGAAACUGCAAGGAAAGAGUCUCUUGAGUUAAUGGAACACUCCACUGAUGAAGACUCUGCGUGUUCAUCUGAUGAUAAUUUAGAUCAUAUCAGAAAGAGGCCUGAACCUAAUAAAAAUACUGAGAGUUGCACUUCUGCUGAAAAUGGUGAGGGCCUAGAGCUGGAUUCAGAAUUGAAUAGCGAAAGCUCCCUGGGGGAUGAGUCUAAUGAUGUAAACCAUGUAGCACCCAAGAAGCGAUGGCAGCGUUUUAACCAAAGCAGUGCUAGAACCAGUCGGCACGUCCAUAGAUCUAGGGAAGAAGAGAGCUCCAGGGGCGCCUUUGGGGGCCUGAAUUCUAGUGACUUUUCACUAAAGGGAAAGGAGUGCCUGGAGCACAGGCCUCCCACCCUUUCCCCGGGGCUUGAGGGAGACCUGACAGACCAGGACUGGGAGAAUCACUUAGACUUAGUUGUGAAAAGUUUGAAUGUAUGUGAUAAGCCAAACAAUGAUGUGAUGCAUUCAGAAUCAGAGCUUUGCCGUUUUGCUUCCCAGUCUGAGUUCUCUUCACAAGAUAAAAUGGUUUCUGUGGGGAAGCAAAGAGAAGCUGCACCUUUACUCGCUCACCCCUACCUGGCAGCUCAGCCGGGGAGAGCAUAUUCAGAAAAGAAACGCCUUAGAAAGCCGAGCAAACGGCUUCUGGAAUAUGCAGAAGAAUAUGAUCAGAUAUUUGCACCUAAGAAAAAAUCAAAGAGGGGCCAGGAGCAAUUGCAAAGGGUGAGCUCUCGGGAGAGGUCUGAGUUCAAGGGGGAGGAAAAGCUUCCAGCACGAUGCAGUCGUGGAAGUGAUAUCCAGAAUGUGCAGCUGGAGCAGAACCCUGUGCUGUCAACUCCAUCUUCCUCUUCAACCAAAGAUUCUCCUCCGGUCCUUGAAGCAGAACAUUUGCUGUUAGAAGAGCCAGUAUCCCGUUCCUCUGAGCCCACUGACCUACUCAUAGAAGGACAUUCAGAUUUGCCAGAGCUGAUGUUAUCUUCCCCUGAUGUGUCUGAAGUUUCUGCUUGUUCUCUGGAGGCAGAGGAACGUUUCCUGAAAUCAGGGAACUUGGAGAGUAAGCGCCAGAGGAAGCCAACUAAGAAGCUCUUGGAAUCCAAUGAUUUGGAUGCUGUGUUUAUGCCAAAGAAGGAGGGGUGGACUCCUCCAAAGAAGUGUUUUCAUGCUGGCCCUCUGGAGAGUGACCUUUCUGAAUUUUAUUCCACACCCCAGUUUUUGGAUCUCGGAGAAGCUCCUGACAGACUCCCUGAGAAGCAGAGAAAGCGCAAGAGACAGCGAUACUCCCCAGCUACAGCGCAGUACAAGAAAGGAAGGAGUGAAGAUGCACUGGGGGAAGCUCCCAGUUCUGAGAAUACAGCAGACAGCUGUGACGGGACUCAUGAUCCUGACUGUCCUGGCAUGUCAGCAGCACCGUCCUCUUGCUUUGAGCUUUCCAAAUGCACACUGGACCACCACUCUGCGCUUUCUGAGUGUGCAGAUGAACUACCAUCUAAGUGCCUGUGCUCAGGAUAUGGCUUGGGAGAGAUACCUAUCCAUGGGAGUGCUGCAAGCCCCAAGGAGCUCAAUGAGGAUGGGUCUGAGAAUGACCAUGGAGUGUCUUCAUCCAAAAAGAUGCAGGGGGAGCGAGGAGGAGGAGCAGCCCUCAAGGAGAAUGUGUGUCAGAUCUGUGAGAAGCCGGGGGAGUUGUUGCUGUGUGAAGCGCAGUGUUGUGGUGCUUUCCAUCUGCGGUGCCUCGGGCUCUCAGAAAUGCCGAAGGGCAAGUUUAUCUGCAAUGAGUGUUCGACAGGCGUCCAUACCUGCUUUGUGUGCAAGAGCAGUGGGGAAGACGUGAGGCGGUGCUUGCUCCCCUUGUGUGGGAAGUACUACCAUGAAGAGUGUGUGCAGAAGUAUCCACCCACGGUCAUGCAGAACAAGGGCUUUCGAUGCUCACUGCACAUCUGUAUGACUUGUCAUGCUGCUAACCCAGCGAACCUUUCUGCGUCUAAAGGUCGCUUGAUGCGUUGUGUUCGGUGUCCGGUGGCAUACCACGCCAAUGAUUUCUGUCUGGCUGCUGGGACAGUGAUCCUUGCCUCCAACAGCAUCAUCUGCCCCAAUCACUUCUCUCCACGGCGGGGCUGCAGAAACCAUGAGCACGUUAAUGUCAGCUGGUGCUUUGUCUGCUCGGAAGGGGGCAGCCUUUUGUGCUGUGAGUCAUGCCCAGCUGCUUUUCACCGUGAGUGUCUGAACAUCGAGAUGCCUGAGGGAAGCUGGUACUGUAACGACUGCAAAGCUGGCAAGAAACCACAUUACAAGGAGGUGGUCUGGGUAAAAGUUGGGCGCUACAGGUGGUGGCCAGCUGAGAUUUGCCAUCCUAGAACUAUUCCUGUAAAUAUCCAAAAGAUGAAGCAUGACAUUGGCGAGUUUCCUGUGCUGUUUUUUGGGUCCAACGAUUAUCUGUGGACGCACCAGGCUCGGGUGUUUCCCUACAUGGAAGGCGAUGUGAGCAGCAAGGACAAGAUGGGCAAGGGAGUGGAUGGCAUUUAUAAGAAAGCUCUGCAGGAAGCCGCUGUGAGGUUUGAAGAGCUGAAGGCACAGAAAGAACUGAGGCAGCUGCAGGAAGACAGAAAGAAUGAUAAGAAGCCUCCUCCCUACAAACAUAUCAAGGUAAACAGACCAGUGGGCAGGGUGCAAAUCUUCACAGCAGACCUGUCUGAGAUACCACGAUGCAACUGCAAACACACAGAUGAAAACCCCUGUGGCUUGGACUCAGAGUGCAUCAAUCGCAUGCUGCUGUAUGAGUGCCAUCCCCUGGUCUGUCCAGCUGGGGAGCGUUGUCAGAACCAGUGCUUCUCCAAGAGGCAGUACCCAGAGGUAGAAAUCUUCCGCACGCUGGCACGAGGCUGGGGCUUGCAAGCCAAAAGGGACAUUAAGAAGGGUGAGUUUGUUAAUGAAUACGUGGGAGAGCUGAUUGAUGAGGAGGAGUGUCGGGCCCGAAUCCGCUACGCACAGGAGCAUGACAUUACCAACUUCUAUAUGCUGACUUUGGACAAGGAUCGAAUCAUUGAUGCGGGACCGAAGGGCAAUUACGCUCGAUUUAUGAACCAUUGCUGCCAGCCCAACUGUGAGACUCAGAAAUGGUCCGUGAAUGGUGACACGCGCGUUGGGCUCUUUGCUCUUGUCAAUAUCAAAGCUGGGACUGAGCUGACUUUCAACUACAACCUGGAAUGUUUGGGGAAUGGAAAGACAGUUUGCAAAUGUGGCGCUCCAAAUUGCAGUGGGUUCCUAGGAGUGCGGCCAAAGAAUCCCCCUAACCUGACAGAGGAGAAGUCCAAGAAGUUCAAAAGACGGCAGCAAGUGAAGCGCAGAUCACAGGCAGAAGUCAUGAAAGAGCGAGAGGAUGAGUGCUUCAGCUGUGGAGACGGAGGGCAGCUAGUGUCGUGUAAGAAGACGGGCUGCCCGAAAGUAUACCAUGCAGACUGCCUCAACCUGACCAAACGGCCAGCAGGAAAGUGGGAGUGCCCUUGGCAUCAGUGUGAUGCGUGUGGCAAAGAAGCAGCUUCCUUCUGUGAGAUGUGUCCCAGCUCCUUCUGCAAGCAGCAUCGGGAGGGCAUGCUCUUUAUCUCCAAACUGGAUGGACGCUUAUCAUGCACAGAGCAUGAUCCCUGCGGACCCAACCCUCUAGAGCCCGGGGAAAUUCGUGAGUAUGUCUCUCCCACAGUCCCACCGGCUAACCGUCAAAACGCUCAGCCCUCCGACCGUCAGCCUGCAGUCCUGGGCCUCAGGCGUCCGCCUUCUGACAGGCUGCCUCUGGCCGUGGCCGUGAGGCUGCAGCCGUCGGACAAGCCCUGCUCUGCCGUGGCCGUGAGGCUGCAGCCGUCGGACAAGCCCUGCUCUGCCGUGGCCGUGAGGCUGCAGCCGUCGGACAAGCCCUGCUCCGCCGUGGCCCUGAGGCUGCAGCCGUCGGACAAGCCCUGCUCCGCCGUGGCCCUGAGGCUGCAGCCGUCGGACAAGCCCUGCUCCGCCGUGGCCCUGAGGCUGCAGCCGUCGGACAAGCCCUGCUCCGCCGUGGCCCUGAGGCUGCAGCCGUCGGACAAGCCCUGCUCCGCCGUGGCCCUGAGGCUGCAGCCGUCGGACAAGCCCUGCUCCGCCGUGGCCCUGAGGCUGCAGUCAGAUAAACAACCCACCAUUGUAUCCCUGAGGCUUCAGCAGUCGGACAAGCCUCUUGCCACCACUGCAGGCCAGCAGCCUCCGCCCUCAGAUGAGUCUCCUUCCGCUGCUGGGGCUCCGCUGCCUCCCCCCGCAGAUGAGUCUCCAACCAAGGGCCUGCAUCCUCCGCCAUCAGACGAGUCUCCCACCGCUACCCAGGCUCAGUGGCCCCAGCUAAUGGACGAGUCUCCCGCCCUCGCUAGGGUCCCACGGCCUCAGCCGUUGGGUGAGUCUCCCAUCAAGGGCCCGCAGCCCCUGCUGUCAGAUGAGGCUCCCACCACCGGGGCCCUGCAGCGUCAGGCGUUAGACAGGCCUCCAAGGCUGUUGCUGUCUGAGAAGGCACUGCGGCCUGGGGAUCAGAAUGCUGAGCCAAAAGAGAGAGGAGCCGCAGUGGGGGAGCCGCAGCCGCAGCAGAAAGAGCGAACUUGUUUACCUGAGGAGCAGACCUCUCGGCCUGCAGGGAUGGCCAUGACCCACGUGGGGCAGGCACCUUGGCCCAUGGAGAAAUUACAGACGCCUGAGCCACCGACGCAGGCUGACCGGGAAAUGGCAUCAGCACCCACAGAGCAGAGCCCUUGGACUUCAGAGAGGUUACGUACAUUUGAACAGACCCCCCGGCCUGCCAGGGAAGCACCAAUACCCCCAGAGCAGACUUCAUGGCUUGCCAGGAACAUUCAGACAUUUGAGCAGAUCUCUUGGCUCUCUGGAAAAGCACAGACACCCCUGGGGCAGGCCCCUUUGCCUGAGCAAAACAUAGUGCUCAUCUGCACCCAGGAUUCUCCCAGUCAGGAAUUGGCUGAAUCGAAACCGAAGUGAAGUCAGUGAAUGAGACAGGCAGGUUGCAGUCGGUUUGUUUGGGGAGAGGGAUUUUCUUUGUUUUGUUUGUUGUUCACGUCCCUGAGCCCAGCCUCGAGCCCAGGCACUCUCAUGACAUAAGCAAGGACGUUUACCUAAACCGGAGUGUGGCCCAGCCAUGGAGAGUGAGCAUCAGCGACCUUUUUUCCUCUUCCUUUUACAAACGGUAAAGUUGAAAUAAAGAGUCCACUCCGGAUAAAAUCUCUAAUUCCA